GAAUCACUACUUCCGUGUCUGAACCGCUUUUGCGGGUAGGAAACCUCAUUUCUCUUCCUAUCACUAUAUCUCUUCUUUCUCUUACCCUUUUUCUCUCAAACCCAAACCCAUAACCAAAACCAUGUCUUCUCCCAGCAAGCGACGCGAAAUGGAUUUGAUGAAACUGAUGAUGAGUGAUUAUAAGGUGGAAACCAUCAAUGAUAGCAUGCAAGAGUUCUAUGUCGACUUCCAUGGUCCUAAAGACAGUCUUUACCAAGGAGGUGUGUGGAGGAUUAGGGUGGAGUUGCCAGAUGCUUAUCCUUACAAGUCUCCUUCAAUUGGCUUCAUCAACAAAAUUUAUCAUCCAAAUGUUGAUGAAAUGUCGGGCUCGGUUUGUUUGGAUGUUAUCAACCAGACAUGGAGCCCUAUGUUUGACCUUGUAAAUGUCUUCGAAGUGUUUCUUCCACAACUUCUCCUGUAUCCCAACCCGUCGGACCCGUUGAACGGUGAAGCUGCUGCGGUAAUGAUGCGUGAUCGCACUGCAUAUGAGCAAAGAGUAAAAGAAUACUGUGAGAAAUAUGCAAAGCCAGAAGACAUUGGAGGUGUUGGUGAGGAGAAAUCCAGUGAUGAGGAGGUGAGUGAAGAUGAGUACUCCUCAGAUGAUGAGGAGAUGGCAGGCCAAGCUGAUGCUUGACUGGAAAACCAUAUCAACCCUCGUCUGUACAUGAUUUAAAAACUGGGUUACCAUCAAAAUUGAAAGCUAUGGAGAAGGUUCCUAGCUCCUCUACUGUCUCUUAUUUUCAUGAUGGUUGUUGUGUACAUUAAUCAAACUAUGAUAUAAUGUUUCAUAUAUUGUCAUUUACCAUUUAAUCUAUAAACCAAUUCUCUUGGAUUUUCUC